UAACUUUCCACGGUGAGAUGGCUGUGGAGUCUCUGCUGGUUCCUGUGAAGUCGAAACGGGCUCUGUGGACAGACAGCAGGAGGCGAGAAAACCCGCCGCUGCCCCCUUCGACCUCCAUUUUUAAAAAACAAUAACGGUCUGGUUCUGGUUUUGCCCUGCAGACGUGAACCCUGACUCCUGAGAACCCAGAACAGAGCUAAACAUCUCAUCAUCAUCGUACCUGAACACUGAAGACUGGCCCUGGACAGGUUUGUGUUGUAGCUGUGUGGCCGGGCAGCCUGGCUGCCUCUCUGCCUCCAGAUGAAUGAAGAACACUCCGGGACACAGAGACACAGCUGAUACAGGGCAUGCAGGUGUUUCUGCAAAUAUGAUGAAGAAAAAGAAUCCCCACAAGAAACAUAAGAGCAGCCUGGGUCCCACCACCAAAGUUCUGUCGCAGCCUCGACGCAACAUCGUCGGCUGCAGGAUCCAGCACGUGUGGAAGGAGGGAGGAGGCCAUGUGGUCUGGAAAGGAACGGUGCUCGACCAGGUCCCAGUGAACCCUGCUCUCUAUCUGAUAAAGUACGAUGGGUUCGACUGUGUUUAUGGUCUGGAGCUUCAUAAAGAUGAGAGGGUUCAGGGGCUGGAGGUGCUCCCUGACAGACUGGCUAAAUCCCGUCUGACAGACGUCAGCCUGGCAGAUGCCAUGAUAGGUAAAGCAGUGGAGCACAUGUUUGAGACGGAGGAGGGUCCGAAGGAGGAGUGGAGGGGGAUGGUGCUGGCCCGGGCUCCCAUCAUGACCACCUGGUUUUACAUCACCUAUGAGAAAGACCCUGUCCUCUAUAUGUACCAGCUGCUGGACGACUAUAAAGAAGGAGACCUGCGCAUCAUGCCUGACUCCAACGACAGUGUUCCAACGGAGAGGGAACCUGGCGAGGUGGUGGACAGCCUGGUGGGUAAACAGGUCGAGUACGCCAAAGAGGACGGCGGCAAACGAACGGGCAUGGUCAUCCACCAGGUGGAGGCCAAGCCCUCUGUCUACUUCAUCAAGUUUGACGACGAUUUCCUCAUUUACGUUUACGACCUGGUGAAAACUUCGUAAAACUUAGCGGACGUCCUGAGCCCCCUCCCCCCGAGACAGAAACAAAGUGCAACACAUGGUGAAACAUCUGAAGCAUUUGAUCCAGUGCUUGUCCCUCAGUCCAUCAAACACAAAAACAAAAGCUCGAAAAAGAAUUCUUGCUGCGGAAGAACACAGGAUAGAUACUUGCUGAGAGUGGGCUUGGUGAAGUGGAAGCCUCUCAUCUAUGACCUUUAAAACAGAAAAAAAUAAAUUGCGUCCCCCUUACAAGGUCCUACGCUUUUUGAAGCCCCUUAAUACCUUUCUGAAAAAAGGAAAGCUGUCCAAACAUUAUGUUAUUGGACAGCAAUCUAUUGUGAAGCUGAAACGAGAGCUGAAACGAGAUGGAGGAUUUUUAGAAUCUCUUAAAAUUUGUUCAUGAUUUCCCAAGACCUCCUCACAUCUAAAGAAAUGAAAUCUUCCAAUUCAUCUUUGGUGUCUGAUUUCAUCCAGUGUGCUGGUUGCAGAGGAAACAUGGUCAAACUGAAAGUCUUCAAAAAUGUAUUGUCAUGUUUCCUACAUCAGCUAAAAGGAGACUCCCCGUGAGGAAGUGAAGUCCGGUGCUCAGUGGUGGAAGGGGCUUCAAAAAGACAGACUGGAAGGAGGUGAAUUCUCAGACCAGACGAACAAGCAGCUGCUGUCGCGAUGUAGAAUGAGCUCGUGUUUGUUUUUGGAACAGUUUAAGACAAGAACAGAGAAUACAGCUCAUUGUUGUGGAUCACCUCUGUAAUCCCGCUCAUCUGUCACAUCUACCAGGGACUGGAUCACAACUGUAUGGAAGCCCAAUUCUGCCAGGAAAAGAAAAAAACAAAACAUAACAUAACAGAUGAAUAGUUAGAAAUGAUGAAAACAAAAAUACUCACUUUAAGUCAAAAUUAUGAGACAAGAAGUCAAAAAUUGCGACUUUCUAAAUGAAAACGAUCAAGUCCAAAGAAUUUCACCUGUCAUAUUUUAAAAAAAAGAUUCACUUUUUUUUAACUCAUGUUUUUAUUUUACAGUUAACUUUAACUUUGAGACUUUAAAAAAAAUGAAUUGUGACUUAGUAAGUUAAAAUGGUUUACUUUAAGAAAUUGUAAUUUUGAAAUAAUACAUUUAAUAAUUUUGACUUUAUAUUUAAGGAUUGUGAAGUAAGACAAUCAUUUUUCCUUUUACUUUGCUACAUAAUGUUGAAUAAGUAAAUCUCUGAUUGUGUAUUGGUAUGCUGACUUAGUAAAUCUUUACUUAAAAUCUUUACUUAAAUCAUAAACUUAAAAGAACUUCUAAUCUCAUAAAUGUGAUUAUUUCCUAAGAGUUUGCCAUUCUUAAUAUUGCAUUUGUUUGUUUUGGGUUUUUUUUGCCUCUGGGCUUCCAAACAACUGAGAUCCAUAAGACAGGAAGUGAAAAGGUACUGGUCCCAGUUUAACCUCAAAGUUAGAGACAGUCUAAAAGAAUAAAUUCUAAAAGAAUAAAAUAAAAACAACCUUCAAACAAGGUUUUGUCAUGUACCAGGGGGGCAUCUCUGAAAGAGUAGCUAUUAAAAAUAUCAAACCCUAAUUUUCCCCCUUUUGUGAAAGUGGGGGUCGACUGAAGUGGGAUUCUGUUUCACUCGUUGUACAAAGCAAGACAGAUUUCUUCAUCACACAGUGUGCUACUUACACAGGCUCCAUUUUACAAUUUCAACUGAACAUUGAUGAAGAAGGUCAACAGAUCAUCAUCUAAAGGCAUCUGCAGUUAAAACUUUUUUUUUUUUUUUGCUUUUUUGUUUUUGCUUCGAUCAUUGCCAAAAUCCUUUCCUGUCGUGAAGUUGUUUGAUGUUAAAGACAAUCGGACAGCUUUCUUGUGACUUCACUAAAGCCUUUGGAAUUGCUCUUGUGUUAUCUUUUCUAAAUCGUCAGUGAAGGAGUAAAAGGACAGAGAAACGAAACUGAAACUCGGCCAAAGCCCUUUCUGUCCUUGGCAAUUUGUUUUAAUGUUACCUGGUUUGUUACGGAUGGACAAACACUCAGAUCUACAGUUUCACAGGUUCCUCUUCCUUCAUUUGAACAUCGGACGCAUUGAUGGAUUCUAAAUGUCACAAUUCGUGGAAACACAAAGGAUUUAAGGAGCUGAAAACUGUGGUUAAACGCACCUUAAAAAUUUGGAGCAAGAGACGAGGAGAAUGUUCCUGGGGCAGUUGACGGUUGUGUGAGACUUUUUAACAUCACCAGAAUCGACAAGAAAAACAAAUCCACUGUAGCGAAACCGUCGAGUUCUCGGUUUUGAAGGGAUCAGUGAGACAGUUCAGAUGUUCAGCGUUGGAAGCCUGUGAUUCCAGUUUACUCCUAUGUGUCAGCUGAAAAAAAAAAAAACAACUAUUACUGAAACAGAAGUAUCCCAGUUUGUAUUUACACACAAACCAAAA